AUGGAUCGAGUCAGAGCUUUGAUAGGGAACCGUCGUAGGUCUCAUCCACAACUUCAUCACAAUACCGCCAUCAUCGAGACAGAAUCAACCCCAAACGAUGAGGAUGACCAAUCCACGAUGCUGGGGGCAAACGAAUUCAAUGAUGAUGCCACUCUUUUAACCACUGCAUCCGAUAAUUCUACCAUUGGGGACCUGGAACGACUUGGCUUCGUCAAUAGAUGUCCCUCAUUUAUCGCUACCAGAUCGGUCCCCUUCGUUUCCAUUCUUCUAACCAGAGGAUUCUUUGCUUUCCCCUCGGAAAGGUCAUUCGAAACAUAUUUGAACAACAAGAGAAGGUUCGAUCAUGUGGAUCCUCAAACAGCAUUAGGGGUACCUUUGUUCCAUGUGAUUUCAUCCAAUGCUGUCAAAUCCAUGUUCAGUGGAAGAUGUACUCCAUUAAUGAAGAUCUAUAAAUACGUUCUCAUACGACGUAAUAAUGAAGAAGAUGAUGAAACAACUGUUAUCAAAGACCAUGAUGAAUUGGUUUUCAAGGCCAAAGAUGACUCGUUUGCAAUUUAUAAGAUUGAAUUCUGUACCAUCUAUAGAGAUAUUAUCAACCAAGAAAGAAUUGAGGACAGUUUUGUGUUUAAUAACUUCGUCACUGAACGAAUGGUUUCUUAUUCUACGAGAAGGAAUACUGACACUACGUUGGGUGAUUUGCAUUUAAGAUGGUAUGGUACCACUGGAUUAGCUUCCCCAUUCGGGUCUUCUUACAUUAAGUUACUUGUACUGGAUGAUAAUUUUCCCUCUUACAUGACUUGCAGGACAUCAGAAGAAUAUGAUGAACAGGAGAGAUCCACUACGACAAGACCCUUGGGACAUUUACCAAUAUGGGCGAGGUAUUCAGAUGAUAGAGCCACAGUGAUUCCGAAAAAGAGAACCAUGAGAUUGGCAAAUUUAGAUAUUAAUGAAACCACAGAGGUUAUCGAUGAUAAGGAAGGUAUUAAUGAUGGCAUUUUAAAUGUUCCUUGGAAUACCCAAGUAUUGACUUGUAUGUGCAUGUCCUUACAUGAGUAUGAAUCUAGAAAAGAUAGGAGACAUAAUGGUUCAGGCAAUCCCAUCUUCUUGGCUACAAUGUAG